GAGAUGCGGCGUCAGUCAGCUGCAGUAGGCAGAGGACAGCGGCAGCAGUAGCAGCAGUGGCUGCCGUUCACUAUUGUUCAGCCAGAACAUUCUCCUAUUCGCUUCAGCCAACCAGAGGAGCAGAAGCCAAGGAGAUCCGCCACACGCGCUGUUCCUUCUGGGAACACUAACUGAAGAGGCACGCAAACUCUUUCAGUCUCUGCGACUGAACUUCUUUCUCUGCUCUCGUUGGGGUUUCUUUUCCUCCCGACCGAGUGGAUUAUACGCGACUCAGGAGAGCCAUGGGACUUGGGGUUAGGGGUGCAAGGACAGCGUUCCUGUGUUUAUGGAGGUUAUUUUUACUGCUCUGUGGAAUCUGGACCGCUUGCGCCCAAACGACCGGAGACGGGAAGUCGCUGUACUUCUGGGAGACAGGUCCAUGGGGCAGAUGUAUGGGCAGCGAGUGCGGUCCAGGAGGCAGUCAGAGUCGGGCAGUGUGGUGCGCACAUGUGGAAGGCUGGACGACCCUUCACACCAACUGCCUUCAGUCCACACGGCCAGCCAACCAACAGAGCUGUUUCCGCGUCUGCGACUGGCACAAGGACCUAUACGACUGGCGGCUGGGCGUGUGGAACCAGUGCGUUCCCAUAUCUCUGCGCACCGGCCGCACGGGCGUUUGCCUGCAGGGCGAAGAGGGCAUACAGACGCGGGAGGUGAACUGUGUGCUCAAGGCGGACGGUUCGGCUGCCGACGACGCCAUCUGUGAGUACUUUGAGCCCAAACCCCGGCAGGAGCAGGCCUGUUUAAUUCCUUGCCCUCAAGACUGUGUGGUGACCGAGUUCACCCCGUGGACCACGUGCUCCAAGACCUGCGGGCUGGGCCUGCAGAACCGCGUCCGCUCCGUCGUGGCGCCGCCGCUUUUCGGCGGGCUUCCUUGCCCCAAUCUGACGGAGUUCCAGACGUGUGCGCCGAGGGCCUGCGAGGGCAGAGAGACCGUGUUCAGUCUGAAAGUGGGUGGAUGGAGCGACUGCAAGCUGCCAUCUUUACCGCCGCCUCCGACCUCCUCUGCCGCCCCCUCGCGCACUGCCCGCCAAGCCCGCCGGCGGAAAGGCAAAGAGAGGAAAGGGAACCGAGACCCGGAGAUGCGCGAGCUCAUCAAGAGCAAAAGAAACCGCAACAGGCUGAAUCGACUAGAGGACGACCUCUGGAAUAUCGAAAUUGGCUAUCAGUCUCGGCAAGUGGUUUGCGUACAUCGAAACGGAAGCACGGUGCCACUCAGCCAGUGUCCCCACUGGGGUCUGCCGGAGACGUACCAGUCCUGCCUGAUUGCUAAAGACUGUGUGGUCAGUGAAUGGAGCACGUGGGGCUCCUGCUCAAAGACCUGCUCGGACCCCAGUGUUCCUCAGGGCACACGCUCCCGCAGCAGACAGCUGAUGCGGCUUCCCACCGGAGGAGGCUCUGAGUGUCCCCAGCUGGAAGAAAGCCAGGCCUGUGAACCUGAAGGGGACGGGGUGCCACCCUGCGCCAUUUAUGCCUGGCGGACCACCGAAUGGAGCGAGUGUCGAGUUGACGCGCUGCUCAGCCAGCAGGACCGGCGGCGUGGGAAUCAGACGGGUUUGUGUGGUGGAGGUGUGCAGAGCAGAGAAGUAUACUGUGUCCAGGUCAACGCAGAACUCCUCAGCUACAUUAAUAACAACAAAGACAAACAAGCAUCACAACCCGUAGACAUUCGCCUCUGCAAGGGAACGACUCCGAGUACCACGCAGCUGUGUCACAUCCCGUGCCCUUUGGAGUGUGAAGUGUCCCCGUGGGGCGCCUGGGGGCCCUGCACCUUUGAGAAUUGCGACGAACGGGUGGUGAAGAAAGGUUUCAAGUUCAGACGACGUACAAUCACUAAUUACCCCACAGGUGGUGAGGGGAACUGUCCUCAUCUGGUGGAGGCCAUCCCGUGUGAUGAUCCCAGCUGUUUUAGCUGGCAGCUGGUCAAGCUAGAGGAGUGUAUCCCAGAUGAAGAGAUGGACUGCGGAGAGGGAACGCAGGCUCCACAGGUCCGCUGCGUCAACAGUGAAGGUACCGAGGUGGAGAAGGAGAUGUGUGUGGAUGAGGUCUACCCUUCAUCUGUGCCCUGUGUGGUUCCCUGUCCUAAAGAUUGCGCUCUCAGUCUCUGGACCGAAUGGUCCAGCUGCUCCCAGACCUGCUCCAGCAAAACCGCCGAGGGCAAGCAGAUGAGAACAAGAGCCGUACUGGCUUACAAUGCAGGAGAAGGAGGUUCCAGCUGUCCGAACACCAGCGCCCUACAGGAGGUGCGGAACUGUAAUGAGCAUCCUUGCAUCGUGUAUCACUGGCAGACGGGCCCCUGGGGACAGUGCGUGGAGGACACCACCACAUCCACCCUCAAUACCUCCUCUAGCGCAGACAAAUCCACCUGCACCAUGGGCGUGCAAACGCGCAAGGUCAUGUGCGUCAAAGUCAACGUCGGACAGGUGCCGCCCAAAAAAUGUCCUGAAGCUCCUCGGCCAGAGUCAGUGCGACCCUGUCUACUGCCCUGCAAGAGAGACUGUAUAGUGACUCCCUUCAGUGAAUGGACCGAGUGUCCCACUUCCUGUGAAGCAGGUGCAAAUGGGCAGAAGAAUAAACAGUUUCACUAUCGAGUGAUCAUCCAAAUGCCAGCUAAUGGAGGACAGGAGUGUCCAGACGUCCUUUAUGAAGAGAAAGACUGUGCGACUCCAUCUGUCUGUCCGGGUUACAGGUGGAAAACGCACAAGUGGCGUAAAUGUCAGCUGGUCCCAUGGAGCAUCCGCAGGGAAAGUAAAGGAGCUCAGGAGAACUGUGGAGCUGGAGUCCAAACUAGAGCUAUCUCCUGUAGGCAGCUGGAUGGUACAGUGGCUGAUGUGGUUCAGUGUCUGAAGUUUGCCAGCAGCAUGCCGGUUAUGAGCCAACCCUGCCAGUUGCCGUGCCGAGACGACUGCCAGCUCACCAACUGGUCCAAGUUCUCUCCUUGCACCUCGGACUGCGUGGGGGUCCGUACCCGGAGGAGGGCUCUCGUGGGAAAAAGCAAGAAGAAGGAUAAAUGUAAGAACAGCCAGAUGUACCCGCUGAGCGAGACCCAGUACUGCCCCUGUGACAAAUACAACGCCCAGCCUGUGGGAAACUGGUCUGACUGCAUCCUGCCCGAGGGCCGCGUGGAGAACGCCAUGGGCAUGAAGGUGCAGGGAGACGUCAAGGAGUGCGGACAGGGCUACCGCUACCAGGCCAUGGUGUGCUACGACCAGGACAACAGGCUCGUGGAGACUUUACGCUGUAACAGUCACGGGUAUAUCGAGGAGGCCUGCAUCGUCCCCUGCCCGUCUGAUUGUAAACUCAGCGAAUGGUCCAACUGGUCACGCUGCAGUAAAUCCUGUGGCAGUGGGGUCAAAGUUCGCUCAAAAUGGCUCAGAGAAAAGCCUUACAAUGGAGGAAGACCCUGUCCAAAACUGGACCACCUUAACCAGGCACAGGUCUAUGAGGUGGUCCCGUGCGUGAGUGACUGCAGUCAGUAUAUUUGGGUAGCUGAACCCUGGAGCGUGUGGAAGGUCAGUAAUGUGGAUCUGAAGGAGAACUGUGGCGAGGGCGUUCAGACCAGAAGAGUCAGGUGUAUGCUGAACACAGUGGACGGUCCCACUGAUGCGGUGGAGGACUAUCUGUGCGAUCCAGAGGAGAUGCCACAGGGCACGAGGGAGAGCAGACUGCCCUGUCCUGAGGACUGUGUGCUGUCUGACUGGAGUUCCUGGACCUCAUGUGACCUGCCGUGUUCUGGAAGAGGAGAUCGGGAGAGGACGGCGUUUGCCCUACGUCUGCCUAAAGAUGGAGAGGACUGUCCAGUUAGCAUGCAGACCGAGCCCUGCCUCCUAAACCGCAACUGCUUUCACUACAGUUACAACAUCACCGACUGGAGCACAUGCCAAUUAAGCGCCAACGCCGUGUGUGGAAUCGGUCUCAAGACGAGGAUGCUGGACUGCGUUAGAAGUGACGGCAAAUCUGUUGACCUCAAGUUCUGCGAAGAGCUGCGCUUAGAGAAGAAAUGGCAGAUGAAUGCUUCCUGUACGGUGGAGUGUCCAGUCAACUGCCAGCUCUCUGAUUGGUCAGCAUGGUCAGAGUGCUCACAGACCUGUGGCCUUGAUGGGAAGAUGUGGAGGAGACGGACGGUUGUUCAGGCGUCUCAGGGGGACGGCAGGCCGUGUCCGUCUCAGAUGGAGCAGUGGAAGCCGUGUCCUGUGCGACCCUGUUACAGAUGGCAGUACGGCCCCUGGUCCGAGUGCCGUGUUGAGGAGGUGGUGUGUGGGGUGGGCCUGCGUUUCCGGAACCUGUCGUGCUUUGUAUCAGACGGCUCUGGCGAUGGCAAGAGCAGCAUUGUGGAGGAAGAGCUCUGUGCUGGAUUGGAGCAAGCCGUCGACGGAGAUAAGAAUAUUGUUCUGGAGGAAACCUGCACCUUACCCUGCCCUGGUGACUGUUACCUGAUGGAGUGGUCCGACUGGAGCCCGUGUCAGAGUGUGUGCGUAAAGGGUCAGCGUUUAGACUUCACCCCGGUGCAGGUCCGUUCACGUGCCGUCAUCGCUCAGGAACCGGAGAACAUCGCUCAGUGCCCCGAUCAGGAGUGGCAGUCUCGGCCCUGCAGCAAUGGUGAGUGUUAUGAGUACCAGUGGAUGGGCAAUCCUCAGCUGAUCUGGUGUCAGCGCUCGGAUGGAAUAAACGUCACAGGUGGAUGCCCUCCAGCGCUUCUGCCAGGGACGGACCAGUCAUGUGAUUCACCUUGUGACAAACCACAGUCAUUUUGCUCAGAGGAGGGUGUAUGUAUGUGCGAGGAGGGUUAUACCGAGGUGCUGACGGCCGAGGGGACGUUGGAGCAGUGUACGCCCAUUCCUGUGCUUGAAAUCCCUACCGCAGGGGAUAAGAAAGCUGAUGUGAAGACCAGCCGGGCCAUUAACCCCACACUGCCCACUACGGUACAGCCUGGCCGCGCCGGACGCACCUGGUACCUGCAACCCUUUGGACCAGACGGAAAACUGAAGACUUGGGUGUAUGGCGUGGCGGCAGGUGUCUUUGUCCUCCUGGUAUUUAUAGUGUCAAUGAUUUACCUCGCAUGCAAAAAGCCAAAGAAACCUCAGCGAAGACAAAACAAUAAUCGAUUGAAACCCCUGACCCUGGCAUACGACGGAGAUGCGGACAUGUAGCCCUUCUCUGAAAAAUAACGUCGUGAAAAUAACAUCAGCAAAUUGAUGAAUCUCAUGAAAACAUGUCCGGGUCACAUUAUACCCCAAAUUCAGUAAUUAUAUUUUGCCUAAAAGAAACGAAGCCUUUUUAGUACCUUUGUACAUUAUGAUAUUUUGAUAAUGACAUUAUUUCUUCAUUAAUGAAAAUUAAGUACUUUCUUCCUAAAUUCUUCCUAUUUUUUUAUUUAUUAAUUAAGAUAUUUAUUAAUUUCUUAUUUUAUUUUACUCUAUUUUUUAUUUUAUUUUUUUUUAUUUAUUAUUUUUUGCUGUAAUGCAUCUGAACAAUACUUUCAGUGUUUUUGUAAUUAUCAGUAUUGUCAAUGGUGAUUCUCUUUUUUAUUUAAAUAAGAAAAGUAGUAGAUUUACAAACGUGCAAUGCUUCAAGUGUAGUCUGAUUCUCGAAUGAAUGACUCUUGUGAACCAGUUCUUUUUAGUGAAUCAGAAACAUGUAACAAGUCCAUUGUAGUCUGAUUCCUAAAUUAACUGUUCCUAUGAGCCAGUGUUGUCUGAUUUUUGAACAAAUGACUCUUAUGAACCAGUUCUUUUUAGUGAAUCAAAAACAUGCUGCAUGUCCAGUGUAGUCUGAUUCCUGAAUGAAUGACUCUAAUGAACUGGUUCUUUUUAGUGUAUCAAAAACAUGCAACGCGUCCAGUGUAGUCUGAUUAUCGAAUGAACGACUCUUAUGAACCGGUUCUUUUUAGUUAACCAAAAACAUGCAACACAUCCAUUGUAGUCUGAUUCCAGAAUGAAUGACUCAUAUGAACUGGUUCUUUUUCACGAGUUCACGCUUAAGUAUAAUUAGCCAGAGUAUAGUAAUGCAUAUUUGGCGUGCUGUCCGGGGAAGGGCUCCGAGCUCGGGAAUGGCCCGAACCCAGAGAACCCCCCCUAGGUGUAGUGAGAACUCGUGUGAGGAGUGAGGAGAUGGGGUGGUGGUGGGAUGCUGAUAAACCAUCAAAUGGAUAGAGGCAAGUUCAGCUGUAUUUAAAUUGUAGCAUUGAUUAACUUGAGCGAACUCCUCUUGUGGUAAUUAGGCUAGGUAUCUGACGCGCUCCUCCCGAACCUUGUUAAUAAAACAUCAUUUAGUGAAUCAAAAAUGUGGUCACAUUAUACCCCAAAUUCAAAAGAAAAAAAGAUGUAAUUAUAUUUUGCCUAAAAGAAACAAAGCCUUUUUAGUACCUUUGUACAUUAUGAUAUUUUGAUUUUUUUAGAAUUUUUUACAUUUAUUAAUUAAGGUGUUUAUUCAUUUCAUUUUAUUUUACUCUAUUUUAUAUUUUAUUUUAUUCAUUUAUUUAUUUAUUAUUUUUUGCUGUAAUGCAUCUGAACAAUUUACUUUCAGUUUUUUUUUUUUGUUUUGUUUUUUUUGUAAUUCUCAGUAUUGACAAUGGUGAUUCUUUUUUUUAUUUAAAUAAGAAAAAAUAAAGGCAGCAUAAAUAUUAUGAUGUAUCCAUACAUAUUUAGUGGAAUAUAGUAAAAAAAAAAAAAUGUUUUUACAUUGCAGUAAAAAGAGUUUGAGGUAAAUGUGCUUAAUUCUCAUGAAAAAUAUCACAAUGUAAAUAAUCUUUGUUUAAUUUUUUGUUUAUGAAAAAUAUAAUUUCUUUUUUUUUUUUUUUUUUUUUUUUUGCCAUUUGAUUUUGGGCUGAGUUAUGACCCGGAAAUGUUCUUGAGAUUCACUCAAAUACUCCUCCAAAUGACAAAUGCCUAACCAUCUCAAAUACUGGACCCUAAAUGCUUGAAUCCAACUUAGAAGAAGAAGAAACAUUCAAGAGCCGCAAACGAAAACCAUCUGACUUAAUAUUUACUUCACGUUCUUGUUCUGGAAGAGCCUUUACAUAUCUCCACAUGCUGUGAGAUCAUGCCUUUGUUUCUAUUCAGUUCCUUACAAGUAUUUGUCAAUUAUGCAAUUGCGGUCAAGCUAGUGGUCUUCUAUAUGACGGGUCAGGACCUUUUCGGAGCAACCUUCUUCCGACUUGUGCUUCCCAGCUAAGAGGAUUCAUGUUUUCGGAAGGAGUUAUUAAACAGACAAUGCCAAAACAUACAACACACAGUAGAAAACAUGUAAGGAAACUUGUGAACUUAAUAUAUCACUUACAUCAUGGACAGCAUUUGCUCUCAAAAGAUGCAGCCUUUCUAUGGAAGGUGAAAACAAGACAAAUCAUGUUCUCCUGGAAGUCCCACUCUGAUUCCAGGUGUUAUUUUGCACUAUAUUAGUGCAGCAAGGAAAGCAUUCGCCAUUGAACAAUGUCUCUGAAGUGUCGAUUCUUCAAGGCAAGCGAAUAUGAAUCUGGAGCACAUCAAUGAGACGGGAUAACUGAGAAAGUGUAAAAAUAAAUCUCAGAGUGGGACUCUUUAAAGACCUCACGUCCUUUUGAUUUCACUCAUUUGUGCAUUGUAUAGUUUCUAUGAUGUGUCUUUUCUGCUCAGCAGACUUUAAAUAUGUAUUUUUUGUUAUAGUUUUCCAUUCAGACAUUUUUAUAAUAAUUGGUUGAUAUACAGUUGUUGGAGAAAAGUGGUUGUGACAGUAUUAUGACUUUUGAUUGGGGGUUUAUGCCCCAUUUUUGAUGUCUGGUAUCUAAUUAUAUGAAUGAUGUGUGUGUCAAGACAAUGGGUCUCGUGGGAAGACUGAUAGUUUUUGCCUUAUUACUAAAAAAAUACUGAAGUAUUGUUACUAAUUGUUGCCAAUUCCGACAGGACAGUAGACAUGCAAAAUACAGUGGCCCUACAAAGUAUUUGGACAUGAAAGAUAAACUUUAAAAUGUCUGAAUGUUAUUGCAUUAAAUGGGGAACUGGUUAAGUUAUUUGAUUCCUGAAUAAAUGACUCUUAUGAACUGUUUUUUUUUUUUUAGUGAAUCAAAAACAUGCAGCUCAUCCAGUGUAGUCAGAUUCCUAAAUUAACUGUUCCUAUGAGCCAGUGUAGUCUGAUUCUUGAACAAAUGACUCUUAUGAACUGGUUCUUUUUAGUGGAUUUACAAACAUGCAAUGCUUCCAGCAUAGUCUGAUUCUCGAAUGAAUGACUCUCAUGAACCGAUUCUUUUUAGUGAAUCAGAAACAUCCAACAUGGCCAGUGUAGUCUGAUUCCUGAAUGAAAGCCUCUUACGAACUGGUUCUUUUUAGUGAAUCAAAAACAUGCAACACGUUCAGUGUAGUCUGAUUCCUGAAUGAACUGUUCCUAUGAGCCAGUGUAGUCUGAUUUUUGAACAAAUGACUCUUAUGAACCAGUUUGUUUUAGUGAAUCCAAAACAUGCAACGUGUCAAGUGUAGUCUGAUUCCAGAAUGAAUGACUCUUAUGAACCAGUUCAUUUUGGUGAAUCAAAAUGUGCAGUGCAUCCAGGGUAGUCUGAUUCCUGAAUAAAUGACUUUUAUGAACCUAGUUUUUUUUAGUGAAUCAGAAACCUGCAAUGCGUGCCGUGUAGUCUGAGAACAAAUGACUCGUAUGAACCAGUUCUUUUUAGUGAUCAAAAACAUGCAACACAUCCAGUGUAGUCUGAUUCCAGAAUGAAUGACUCUUAUGAACCUAGUUUUUUUUAGUGAAUCAGAAACCUGCAAUGCGUGCCGUGUAGUCUGAGAACAAAUGACUCGUAUGAACCAGUUCUUUUUAGUGAAUCAAAAACAUGCAGUACAUCCAGUGUAGUCCGAUUCCACAAUGAAUGACUCAUAUGAACCGGUUCUUUUUUAGUGAAUCAGAAACAUCCAACAUGGCCAGUGUAGUCUGAUUCCUGAAUGAAUGACUCUUUGAACCUUUACUUUAUACUGGAUCAAAAACAUAUAAAGGGUCGGAUUCCGAGCAAUUGACUCUUGUGAAUUGUUUUUUUUUUGUUUUUGUUUUUUUUUGUUAUGAAUCAAAAAGAAUUGCAUGGCAUGUCCAGUGUAGUCCUAUUCCUGAAUGAGCAACUGACUCAUAUGAACCAAAUCCUUUUAGAAAUACCAAUUUCCAAACAUCUCUUUUGAGCAAAUACUAUUUAGUGAAUCAAACUCAUUAAACAGCUAAUGUGUAUGGUAUAUUAUUUAAUGCAUUGUGAGACUUAAUUCAGUGUAGUUACCUGCUGGUUGAUACAAUAUAUUAUUAUUUUUAUCAGAUAAUUUUAUAAAAAUGUAAUGAAUUUAAAGUGGUACCAAUAUAUAUUAUAAAAUAUAGGGCAAUUUUUAUAUUGCAUUUAUGCUGCUUCAAAAAGACUGUGAUCAUCAAAAAUGCGAAACAGAUUAGGUUAUAAAAUGUAUUUAUUUUUAAAAGUAUCUUGUUAAAUUUCACUUUUUGAUAUUGUGUUAUCUAAUGCAAAGACAUCCAAACAUGAAGUGUGGCUGAAGUGUGCAAAUACUUUCUGGGGUCAUUGUACAUGUGUUGCACUUUUGUUGGAUCUGAUAUAUAUAUUUUAUUGUAUAAUAUUAUGACAUCAUAAAUAUGAGCUGUCUCACACACUUGCAACAAACGUACAAAGCCAUCAAGCAGUAAAUAAUUUCGGUUUUAUUAUUCAGCAGAUUAUUAAAUAGUAUUUGGUUUAUACAUCCAUAAAUUAUUUUCAAAUGGUUAUACGUUACCCUUCCUCCUCUCUAAAAAAAUACAAAAUGCAAUGAAAAAGAAAACACACUGUGUAUGUAUUCAUGAAAUCUGAUUUAAUUUGAAUUUAAGAUGUUAUGUUUAAAAAAAAAAAAAAGAAACAACAGCGUGAAUAUGAUAUUCCUGAAAUGUGAUAGUCUAUGAAUCCUGCUGAAAUCUUCUAUUCAGAUAGUAGUAAUAUAGAAAAAGCUUUUUACUGGUCAACUCUCCUCAUUUCCCCUAUUUCAUUUACGCUGCUACAUUAGACUCGUUUCACCCGGCUGUCCUGCUAGCAGCAGGUGAAAUGAAUGUUUACCUUUAGUUUUAUUUGUAAAUAACAAUGAAUAUUAAAUCAUAUUAAUUUUUUUUCUAUUGCACAGAAAUGUUUAGUAGAUUGCAAAGUGGUCUCGCUGAUCUUUGUUGAUUAUGGUCAUGUUGUAAAGUACCAAGGUCUUUUUUUGUACAGCUUAUGUUUUCUGAUGACCUACAGGUAAUAAAUACUGGUGUAUUAAACAUG